GGGAAGAGUGAGCUGGAUAAGUACCUCUCCCCCCAGACGCCGCUCCUGAUGCCCCAUCCUGACCCCCCAGAGCAGAACAAGCCUCGGCGGGACAGUUCCUCUGUGAUGGAUCACUUCUUUGGAGACGACCAGGGCGGAUCUCCUUACAGCAUCAACAUGAACGUCUUCCUGCCCGACCUGGCCUACCUGAGGAUGGGCUUGUGUCGGCCGGCACGCCCAGGGCCCGGGGGUAACGGUGGAGGCAUGGGCCAGCAGGUCAAAACAGAGCCCCCUGCCUCCUCUCCCUUCGCCCAUCCUCAUCCUCACUGCCCCAGCAGCAGCGUCCACAGCAUCAGCCUUUCCGCGGUAACGUCGGCGGCGUCUUCGUCUUCUUCUUCGUUACCAGAGUUCACCAGCGUGUUCAGCCCGUCGGGUGGUGGUGACCCGACCUCUGACGCCGUGGCAACGGGCGGUUCUGUUUACGUGAAGGAGGAGCUGGGGUCGUUCGAUCUGCCUCACGACGACUCUCUGUUCCAGCUGCUCUCUGCGGAGCUGGACUCCGCCCCUCUCGCGCCCAUGCAUCACCAUGGCAACACUGCUCAUCACCGGGCGGGGCAGCAUCACGGAGGUUCCGGCCCCUCGCCCAUCAUGCACACGUUCCACGACCUACACUUAGCCGCCCAGGCCCAGCAGCAACACCAACAACUACAGAGUGCCAAGGCAAGCUACUGUGGUGGGCUGCACAGCGUAGGAGGGGCCUACCCUCACUUCCUCCAGCAGCCCCAGCACCAUCAGGCCAAGGCCCCCUACCUGCCCCCCUCUCCUCCCAGCUCAGAGCCCAGCUCCCCAGAUCGUCAGAAGGACCUCCUUCAGAACCUCUCCCCUCCCCCUUCCUAUGCCGCCACUAUCGCCUCCAAGCUGGGAGUCAGCGUCUCCCCCAGUCUUUCCCCCACCGGUGUGGCUCGACCCCCAGCCUCAAGUCUAACUCCAGCCCCAGGCUCCGGCCCAGCUCCAAGCCUGAACCAGUCCAUGCAGGUCCGCUACAACCGCAGGACCAACCCAGACCUGGAGAAGAGGAGGAUACACCACUGUGACUUCCCAGGUGGUGGUUGA